GACUUCCUCAAAGAUGCCGCUAGCCCCAGUGGGGGCCGCUUCCUGCUCUGGGACCCUGUGAGAGAGGAGCUCGCCUACUGGAGGGGUGCUGCACCCGCGUGGAAGGCUCAGUCCGCCAUACAGGGUGCUUUCCUUCACGGAACGUUCCGGGUGUGUAGUAUCAGCUCUUCCCAGUCGUCGUCAGCAAAAACAGUUCUAGAUCCAGGAUGUAUCUGGAGAAUAAGAACAACCGGGAGAGGGAGAUGUCUGAGACUGGGGCGCCGGAGCACCCGGUCAGGGCUGGGCGCGGGAAGCCGGACGCUGUGCUGGGGAACCUGGGCGAGUUCCGCCUGCUGGAGGGCUUCUCUGGGAUGAGGGAGACCCAGAAGGUGCAGCAGAGUGGGGCCAGCACCACCGCACACUGUGUCAUCUACACCGACAGCUACGACCCCACCCAUGAGGAGGACAGCCCUGACUUCGGUGUGAUUACCCUUCAGCGGACUGGCCACACCUUCCGCUCGGAGACUUCGCCGCUCCUGGGCUUCUCCGACAGCCCCGGUACUGGCUUCACCUACCUGACCCUGCAGGAGCAGUCGUGGGACGGCUGCUCUGGGGAGGCAGAGGGAAGAUGUCAGCUGGGUAGUGAGGUCACAGGGCUGUCCCGCUCGCUGCUGACGGAGAAGAGCGAGCCGCAGGACGGCCCCCUCUUCAGCUUCAUGCUCUCCGGCCGCCUGCGUUAUUGCUUAAAGACUUCCAAAGUUGCCAGUAUAUUCAUCCUUGUCAUCCUCUGUUCGUUGUUCUUCAGCAUUUAUCCCGAUCACGGAAACCCCUGGCAGAUGUUGGCCGUCUCGUCUACUGCGAGCUUCACCAGGAAUCUGAGCGACUUCCGGGACAGCGCCCUCCUGAGGCUGCAGAUGGGCGGGCCGUUCCUGCGGCGGCCCAUAGCUGAAGCCCCCAGGGAGUAUGUUCUGGUCCAGGUGGAGCAGUCUGGGGAGGAGGGCUCACGCCGGCGCCGUGGCCAGCAGGUGAUCUACAACUGGACGAUACCAAUUCACUCCCAGGGGAAUGAACAGAUCUUGAUGUCCAGGGCAUUCGAGAUGCUCAGCAGUGGGCCCGUCUCCAUCACCAUCCAGGCCUUCUUGCAGGACAGUGAGGUCAUACCCCUCUCCAUGACCUACCAGUCCCUCUACGUCAACGUGGAGACUCAGGUGGUCAUCGCUGGGAUCAUUCUUGCGGGCGUCUAUGUCCUCAUUAUCUUUGAGAUUGUGCACCGGACGCUGGCGGCCAUGCUGGGAUCGCUGGCGGCCUUGGCAGCUCUCGCCGUCAUCGGAGAUAGGCCCAGUCUGAUCACGGUGGUGGAGUGGAUUGAUUAUGAAACACUGGCGCUGCUGUUCGGCAUGAUGGUUUUGGUGGCCAUCUUUUCUGAAACGGGAUUCUUCGAUUACUGUGCCGUGAAGGCCUACCACCUGUCCAGAGGAAGGGUUUGGCCGAUGAUCACCAUCCUCUGCCUCAUUGCUGCUAUCCUGUCUGCUUUCCUGGACAAUGUCACCACCAUGAUGCUCUUCACCCCUGUCACCAUAAGGUUGUGUGAGGUGCUUAAUCUGGACCCCAGACAUGUCCUGAUUGCAGAAGUGAUCUUCACCAACAUCGGAGGUGCAGCCACGGCCGUCGGCGACCCGCCCAAUGUCAUCAUCGUCUCAAACCAGGACCUGCGCAAGACGGGUAUUGACUUUGCUGCCUUUACGGGCUACAUGUUCCUGGGGAUCUGCCUUGUGCUUCUGACAUCAUUUCCUUUCCUGCGUCUGCUGUACUGGAACAAGAAACUGUACAACCGGGAACCAAUGGAGAUUGUGGAGCUGAAGCACGAGAUUCUGGUGUGGAAGCAGACGGCGCAGCGCAUCAACCCGGCAAGCCGCGAGGAGACGGCCGUCAAGUGCCUGCUGAUGCACAAGGUUCACAACCUGGAAAGUGUCUUGCGGAACAAGCUGAAGACAUUCCAACGGGAAAUCUCACAAGAAGACAAAAACUGGGAGAACAACAUCCAGGAACUGCAGAAGAAACACAGAAUAACAGACAAGGUCCUGCUGGUGAAGUGUGUCUCCGUCCUGGCCGUCGUCAUCUGUGUGUUCUUUCUCAAUUCUUUCAUCCCCAGCAUACACCUCGAUCUCGGCUGGAUCGCCAUUCUCGGGGCCUUGUGGCUGUUGGUUCUAGCAGAUGUCCAGGACUUUGAGAUCAUCCUGCACAGGGUGGAGUGGGCCACACUGCUGUUCUUCGCCUCGCUCUUUGUUCUGAUGGAGGCUUUGGCUCAGCUCCAGCUGAUCGACUACAUUGGGGAGCAGACUGCUGCUUUAAUAAAGUCGGUGCCGGAUGAGCAGCGCCUGGCCAUUGCCAUCAUCCUGGUGAUGUGGGUGUCUGCUCUGGUGUCCUCGCUCAUCGACAACAUCCCCUUCACUGCCACCAUGAUUCCCGUUCUUAUUAAUCUGAGCCAAGACGCUGACGUAAAUCUGCCCGUCAGGCCACUUAUCUUUGCCCUUGCCAUGGGAGCCUGCCUGGGAGGCAACGGGACACUAAUUGGUGCGUCGGCCAACGUGGUGUGUGCCGGCAUCGCCGAGCAGCACGGCUACGGCUUCUCCUUCAUGGAGUUCUUCAGGCUGGGAUUUCCCAUGAUGCUUCUGACGUCCACGGUGGGCAUGUGCUACCUCCUGGUCACGCACGUCGGACUGGGCUGGAACACCUAACCCCGUCACCUUCACGCCGUUAUUGGCUCAACAUCCCAGACCAAAAACAAAAAAAAAGACUUUGUGAAAAAAGGAAAUAUGUGGAUGGAAUUAAAAAAGAAAACUUGGGGAUCAACACAAAUACACCCAACUUCUGGAAUGAGGAGUGUAGGUCUGGCAUCUCCCCACUGUGUCUGCUAUCUGCAGUGUGACUUCUGCACAAUGAGGUCCCGGGGCGUUUAUACAUGUUUUUAAUCAAUAAGCAGGCAAUUCCUUUCCUAAAUGAUUGAUAUCAUUGCUUGAUGCCAUUGUGACAUACAGCCAAAGCCAAUCCUUGUUGUGUGAAAACAGGAAACCUACCAAAAGGGAUUUUUAGCAAGUCUCUUCCCAUUCUCCUUAAAUCCAGUUCUGUAGUUUUGUUUUGCAUUCAGCCCUUUGCCUGUAGUAUCCAAAUCUGAGUCAGCAAUUUAGAGGUUUCAUGUGUUACGCUACAGUGACUCAUACUGCAUAGGAUGAUGAUCAGAGCCCAUGAGGUAAUUGUAUUAAUAUGAAACAAUGUAACGCUUGUUUAACACUUAGUUUUACUGAAGAAUAUGUCACGGUUAAUUGUAUUGAUGUAAGUGAAUACAGAUGUGUGUAACUUGUUCUUUGUAUGCCAAUGACCCAGUAUUGAUCCAACACUCUGCAGACCGUAUCCCAGUACCGCUGUGCUGUUUUAAACCCCCCCAAGCUGUCUGUUCUUGGAGCUGUAAAACGUUUAAUCUGUUUGAACAAUAAAGCCUUUUG